GUUCACGCGUGCGCACAGUGCACUGUUAGUCAGUUUCGCCAGUGCGUUAAGGAUUUGCCUCUUUUCUCAGCAUUAAAUACUUUAAAAGAGCUAUCUAAAUCAAAUCUGAGAUGGAAUUAGAAGGUGGCACGUAUGAGCCUGGGUUUGUGGGCAUUAGAUUCUGUCAGGAGUGUAAUAACAUGUUGUAUCCUAAAGAGGAUAAAGAAAACCGCAUUCUACUCUACGCUUGCAGAAACUGUGACUAUCAGCAGGAAGCAGACAACAGCUGCAUUUACGUGAACAAAAUCACCCACGAGGUUGAUGAACUCACUCAGAUUAUUGCAGACAUUGCCCAAGAUCCAACUUUGCCUAGGACAGAGGACCAUCCGUGCCCCAAGUGUGGCCACAAGGAGGCAGUGUUCUUCCAGUCUCACAGCAUGAAAGCUGAGGAUGCCAUGAGGCUUUACUAUGUCUGCACCGCUCCACACUGUGGCCACAGAUGGACAGAAUGAGGAAGAUAAAGCAGAGAUCUGAUGUUAAAGGAUGUCUAAUGCAUUUGUAAAUUAUACAUUGGUUUUUAUGUUUUGCUUAAUCCUUUUGUGGAAGAAGAUUUGCAAACAUGCCAGCAUGCAUUGGGAGACGUUGUUUUUUCAGUGCGUUUAAACUGUAUUGUCCGUCAUUUUAUUUUAAAAUAGUGUAUUUUUUUGGAAAGUUUGUAAUAAAAAUACAAAAAGGA